AUGGAGCAUGCUCAAAUCCAGACAUCAGAUGGAACCCAAGUGGUGACACUAAAUGGGCAGCAAUUACAAGUUUUACAGAUGAGCAACAGCCCACAUGUAGUUCAAGGACCUAAUGGACAGCAGAUAAUGGUUCACUCAGUACCACCAAGUGGGCCUAUACAGGUGACUGCACCCAACAGUCAGCAAAUACAAGGUCUUCAAGUUCUUCCACUGUCCAGUAUUCAAGGUGCAAAUAACAACAUACAGACAAUGCAGCUAGUGCAGACUCCAGAUGGUCAGACGUUUCUUUAUCAACCUACAUCCCAACAGAUUGACCAGCACCAAGUCAUACACCAACCUGUGUUAAAUUUCGGUAAUAUAGUGCAAGUUGCGAACGCAGUUCAACCACAGCAGAUAGUCAACCAACCCAAUAUUGUUAUGAUGGUAAACGGCAAUAGUAGCGGGGCGAUAUCUAGCGAAGGUGCGACGGCCACCAGCGCCAGCGCAGGCUCUGAUGAGGAACCGCUUCUCUAUGUCAACGCGAGGCAAUAUAAACGGAUACUCAAACGCAGGGCUGCGAGGGCCAAACUGCAUGAACAAGGGCGUAUACCUAAGGAACGACCGAAAUACCUUCAUGAGUCUCGACACAGACAUGCAAUGAACAGGAUACGAGGGGAAGGUGGAAGGUUCAAUGCUGGCAGUAGAAGGAACAUGGAGACUCAAUCAGAUGACCCAGCGAGGCAUGGAAUUGAUGAUGUCAAACCAGAUGUCUCCAUCACUAUCAUACAGAACGAUGAAAUUGAAGAACAUUCGAACCAAUGGAGGAGGCUUGCCCCACACCCUAUGCAGUCGGCAUAG